AAGCGGUCACUUGGCUUCUGGGCAAGGCAGGUGUAACAGGUGAUGGCUGAAGUUACAGUUGUUUUCACUGGAAGUUUUGUGUUUGGUUUGUGGUUUUUUCACAGCCAGGGUCUGAUGUAUUACACUGAAGCGAAAGCAGCAAAACUGCACAUAAUACAUCAGUAAUACAGUACAAGUUGAGACUGGUCAUGAAGACCUUCUGUGGAAGAGCUAAUCCAACCACUGGUGCCAUGGAGUGGUUAGAGGAGGCUGAGGACUAUGACUACCACCAGGAGAUUGCCAGGUCACGCUAUGCAGAUAUGCUUCACGAUAAAGACAGAAAUGUGAAGUACUACCAAGGUAUCCGUGCUGCAGUGAGCAGGGUGAAGGAGAGAGGUGAGGAAGCAAUAGUUCUGGACAUAGGCACUGGCACAGGACUCCUGGCCAUGAUGGCAGCUUCAGCUGGGGCAGAUUUCUGCUAUGCAGUCGAGGUUUUCAGGCCCAUGGCUAAUGCUGCUGUGAAGAUAGUGGAGAAAAAUGGUUUUUCUGACAAGAUCAAGGUAAUCAACAAGCACUCCACUGAAGUCACAGUUGGCCCAGAUGGAGAUAUGGAAUGUCGUGCAAACAUCCUGGUCACAGAAUUGUUUGAUACAGAGCUGAUAGGAGAAGGAGCUUUACCAACAUAUGAGCAUGCACACAAAUACCUUGUACAGGAAGGAUGUGAGGCAGUGCCUCACAGGGCAACAGUGUAUGUCCAGUUGGUGGAAUCCAAAAGAAUGUGGGCCUGGAACAAACUGUUCCCCAUUCAUGUCGAAGCAGAGGAUGGUGAAAAAGUUAUUGUUCCCCCUUCAGAAAUGGAGAACUGUCCAGGUGUGCCUUCUGUUUGUGAUAUCCAACUGAACCAGGUGCCCUCAAGUGACUUCACUGCCCUUAGUGAUGUGGUGACAAUGUUCAGUGUGGAUUUCAGUAAGCCAGUACAGAGUGCUUCAACCUCCUACAGAGUGCAGCUGGAGCCUGUUAGAUCUGGAAAGGCACAAAUUGUCCUUUCCUGGUGGGACAUUAGCAUGGACCCCUCUGGGAUGAUAAACUGCACAAUGGCUCCCUACUGGGUAAACCCCACUUCUGCUUUGCAGUGGAGGGAUCACUGGAUGCAGUGGUACUUCCUGCCGCGGGAGGAGCUGCUGCAGGGGGCGGUGCAGCUGACUGCCCGUCGGGAUGAGUACUGCCUGUGGUACUCCCUGCAGAGAGCCAGAGCAGAGGAGGCUGAAGCAGCUGCUGGUGUGGAGAGCCCUGUGUGCAGGUGUCACGCUCACCUGCUGUGGAACAGGCCUCGCUUUGGGCAGCUCAAUGACCAGGCCCGGACACGCCAGUACAUCAGGGCACUGAGGACAGUUCUGAACACAGAUAGUGUUUGCCUUUGUAUCAGUGAUGGCAGUCUGCUGCCUGUGCUGGCUCACUAUCUUGGAGCAAAGCAGGUAUUUACAGUAGAAAACUCUGGUGUGUCCUACAGCAUGCUGCUUGUUGGUUUUAUGCUUUUGAAAGCAAAUCAUCUUGAAGAUAAAAAAAUAAUAGAAGCACGUCCUGAGUUGCUGAAGCCUUCUCAUUUUGAGAUAAAAAGGUAUAUUUCUGUUCUUGUGGGAGAGCCAUUUUUCAGUACCAGUUUGCUGCCAUGGCAUAACCUGUAUUUCUGGUACGCCAGGACAGCUGUGAGCAGGCACCUCAGCAGCAAUGUCUCUGUCCUACCUCAGUCUGCUGCUUUGCACAUGAUGGUCGUGGAGUUCCAGGACUUAUGGAGAAUCCGGACAUGUGGCAUCUGUGAAGGUUUUGAUGUCCAGACUAUGGAUGAUAUGAUUAAAGAUUCUCUGAAUUUUAGGGAAUCCAAGGAAGCAGAACCUCACCCUCUGUGGGAAUAUCCUUGCAAGUCGCUCUCUGAGCAGGAGGUUUUGGUGUUUGACUUCAGAGAGCCUGUGCCCCAGCACUGCCUCAGCACGGAGGGCUCUGUGCCUCUUCUGCGGAAAGGAAAGAGCCAUGGAGCAGUUUUGUGGAUGGAAUAUCAUCUUGCUGCAGAUAUCUCCAUAAGUACAGGACUGGUGCAAAUUUCAAAUGAAAAGGGAACCUGUGCCUGGAAUCCCCACUGCAAGCAAGCUGUGUAUUUCUUCAGUUCUGUUGAGUCAGAAGCUCUGUCAGACCCUGCUGCUGUCACCUAUGCCAUAAGUUUCGACACAAAGACAGGGGAGAUUGCGGAUUUUAAGCUAUUAUAAAAUACUUUACUUUUGCUCAUAUUCCUAAAUUAUAAUAAACUUUUUUUUUUUCAUACAGCAGAGGGAUUUUUUAUUGUGCUCAUAGAACAAACUGUUCUGAAACAUGCUUUUAACAUUUUGGAUUGUUUUCAAACUACGUAGUUGGUGAGGUAGAGAGGAACCAUUUCUUAGGGACCAGGUAUUCUUGUCAGGGUUAUAUACAUAUAUACACAUUCUUGUAAUCAUCUGUUUCCAGUGUUUUGCAUAAUGCCAUGGAGCUGAAAGGCAGGUGGCUUGCUGCUUAUUGCUUGGCAUAGCACUAGAUGAGGGCACAGCCUUUCACUGACAGUAGAGAAAAGUGGAGUUACACACAUCUAGUUCAAGCUUUGCUCUUGUCACUGUAAAAAGGGAAAUAAUCUUCAGAGUGCUCAGAAAGCAAUCCAAGUCAGCCACAUAUGUGUGUUAGUGCAGUUACUGGGGAGCAGGAAGCAGCUGAGCUGCUCACAGACUUGGCCAAUCUGUGGCUCCUACUGACCUGAAAUGGUCAGUGAAUGAAGGGGGGAUGCACUGACAGUCUGCUGAAGUCUUUAGAUGCUGCAUUUCUGGAGAGUCAUUUCCCAAACAGUGACCAAAAUCUGUAAAGCUGUAACCAGAAUCAGAAAAUGUACAUAUUCAAGUUAAUUGAA